CUCUGCUUUUACAAAUGCUGCUUGGAGAGUACCUAAUGGCAAGCACCUCAUCCAACAUUUGGAGUUUGCUGUUUUGGUCAUUCGGCUUCUAGGCUCAAUGUUAGUAAUGUGGUGGCUUUGGUGAACUUUUUUGAGAAAAGCUGUCCUCUUCUAUCCCCACGGUCUUAUUUGAGCCCCUUAGUCAGCGAGUAAGCAUGUUUGGAACAGUCCCCAGUGCUUUGCAAGGGCUCAUGUUGCAGACAGUCACGUAUGGGUAUUUGUAGUUAUAAAUACUUGACCAGUCUCCAGGGGUGGGGCAUCCAACCCUUUAAACAGCCCUGUUGCCUGUUAUCAAGUGAACUCUUUGCUCUGAAGUGCCAGAAUUGAUUCGUGGUAAGCCCUCUCUGACCGGGAAGUAAAAAAAAUGGAACACAAUAGGUCUGCCUCAAAUGCUGAUAAGAUCCACCAGAAUCGCCUGUCGAGUGUGACAGAAGAUGAAGAUCAAGACGCCGCUCUUACCAUUGUGACUGUGCUGGACAAAGUCGCCGCCAUCGUGGACAACGUGCAGGCAAGCCAGAAGAGAAUAGAAGAGAGACACAGGGGCAUGGAAAACGCCAUCAAGUCCGUCCAGAUCGACCUGCUGAAGUUUUCACAGUCACACAGCAAUACAGGCUACGUCAUCAACAAGUUGUUUGAGAAAACCCGGAAAGUCAGCGCGCACAUUAAAGACGUGAAGGCCCGGGUGGAGAAGCAACAAAUUCACGUGACAAAAGUUGAAACUAAGCAAGAGGAAAUAAUGAAGAAAAACAAAUUCCGUGUGGUAAUAUUCCAGGAGGACGUUCAGUGUCCGACAUCCCUGUCUGUUGUGAAAGACAAAACCCUAACUGAGAAUCAAGAGGAAGACAUCGAAGAUAUCUUUGAUCCCCCGGUAGAUCUGUCCUCUGAUGAAGAAUAUUACGUUGAAGAAAGCAAAUCCACCAAGCUUAAAAAGUCAGGCAAGGAACACAUCGAUAACAUCAAGAAGGCGUUUUCCAAAGAAAACAUGCAGAAGACACGGCAGAACAUCGACAAGAAGGUUGACAGAAUUAGAACUAGAAUAGUGACCCCGGAGAGGAGAGAGAGGCUGCGGCAGUCGGGGGAGAGGCUGAGACAGUCGGGGGAGAGGCUGCGGCAGUCAGGGGAGAGGCUGAAACAGUCGGGGGAAAGAUUUAAGAAAUCUAUUUCUAACGCAGCUCCCUCAAAGGAAGCUUUUAAGAUACGUAGCCUCCGGAAAGCUAAAGGUCAGAUGGGGACUGAGGGUCCCCACGAGGCCAGGGAGAUGGGUGUGGACAUCAUUGCCAGGGGCUCGUCUCUGGGCCCCGGCGGUGAGCUCUACACUGACGAGCUCAGUGAAACAGACCGUGAGGAGGCCAGGGUGGGGGGUCCUCCCCACGAAGGAGGGGAAAUCCCGACCCCCGAGCCUUUAAAAGUUACCUUUAAACCCCAGGUGCAAGUAGAGGAUGAUGAAUCUCUUUUGCUGGAUUUAAAGCAGUCUUCGUAAAGAGGAAUUAAGUAUAUUUUAAGUAUAAGUCACCUGAAUCAUUCAGUGCCAGUUUAAUUAGUAUAGUCGCUUAACAUUUAUAGGCUAUUUAGGGAAAAAAUAAAUGUUGUGAUUUUUAUUUUUUAUGUUUACCAUCUUAAAGGUAAUACAAAUAUUAUGUGCAUUUCCCAGUAACUUCCUUGGGAAUUCUUUCAAUUUUCCCGGGGCUUCUAAGGUUCUAGCAGCUUCUUCUCCUAUCACUCUCAAGGCAGCUGCAGAUUUUUAAGUGCCUUUCUCUUGAGCACCAGAGAAAGAGGCUCCUGGAGAGGGUCGGUGAGGUGUUCGGUAGUUUAAAACAACUGAAGGGCAAAUUCGUGGCCACUGUUUGCAAGUGAACUUGCAAUUUUGGUGGCCAGUUUCCAAGGGGAUCACAUCACCCAUAUGUGCAGAUCAACCAUUUUGUUAGUGAAUUAGCAAUCACACAUCUUUUUGAUGCUUCUGCGUAAAAAAGGGAAGCCCUGGACUUGGUGCACGUGGUUCUGGUAUCACAGCCGUACUCUUGGUGAGCACUCGGCAAUCGCCGGCUGACAGGCUCCUCAGUGAAGGAGAGGGUGUGCGCGUCCUGCCCAACUCCGAGAACGCGUGUGAAGGUCAAAGGGAAAUGAUGUACAUUCUGGGGGGAACGAGAAACACAGCCGGAGGAACGAGCCCCACUGAUUCCUCAAAGACGAGUCAAAUUAAUUACACCUUCCGAGAAAGCCCUGAGCACCACGCAGUGAGGACCCUAGAUUGGACGUACGCCAACGCUGGUCUUCUGAAGCCUUUUCACAGAACCAGGAAUGAAAAAUAAGUGGAUGACAUCUUUUUUUUUUCUUAAAUCAAAAGACUAAAAUGAAACCUUGGGGUUGAGUUGGAUCUUAAACGUUCUCUUGAAAAGCCUUUUUUCUGACUUUCCGUUGGUUUGGGUCCGUGGGGGACUGCAGCAGCGUGCGUGAGCAGCGUGAGGCGCAAGGCUGUGGCCGUGCCCUCAGGAGCCCUCUGCAGGGUCAGCCCUCGCGGGGGUUUGGGGCGGGUUUAGGAUUGGCCUCAGAUAUUUCUGUUUUACUGCACGAACCCCUCAGGGUGCAUCUGUCCAAAACAGUAUUCAUAGGGGUUCACAGAGCUGCUUUGGGAGGAAGCCAGAUUCCACCCGUGGCUGCAGACCUGGCCAAAGCGGAGGCAGAGGCCAUUGCUGAAGAAGAACAACAGAAACAGCCCUACUGGGUCCGCACCUCUGGUGAUGUUUAAACCUUCUGGUUUCGUAACAGGGAAGAAAUGAUGGAACUGCCAAGGUUGAAGAAUUCGGACAACACUCAGCUUUCAGACCAGUUUUGGAUGCUCACAUAGUAAUUGUAAUAAAUGUGCAUGAAGAGACAGGCACAUAGCAAGUCAACUUAAAAAUGUCUGACUCAGUUACCCUGAUAUUUGGGUUUGGGAGUUUGAUUCCGCAUCAUUUCUUCUUCACUCUGUGUGAAUACAUUAAGUCAUAAAUUGUGCAUCUCACCUUUUUAUUUUGAAAACCAAAGUGUAUAUACAACAUUGAACAAUACACUGAAAUAAAUAAUUUAAAAAAUGUUAUGACUUAAAAAGAGCUUGGAUGCUGAAUACAUAUUUCCUUAAAGCCAUAAUAAAUUUGAAUU